GGUUCCAACAUGGCGGAGCUGACGGUGGAGGUUCGCGGCUCCAACGGGGCUUUCUACAAGGGAUUUAUCAAAGAUGUUCAUGAAGACUCCCUCACAGUUGUUUUUGAGAACAACUGGCAGCCAGAACGCCAGGUUCCAUUUAAUGAAGUUAGAUUACCACCACCACCUGACAUAAAAAAAGAAAUUAGUGAAGGAGAUGAAGUAGAGGUAUAUUCAAGAGCAAAUGACCAAGAACCAUGUGGAUGGUGGUUGGCUAAAGUUCGAAUGAUGAAAGGAGAAUUUUAUGUCAUUGAAUAUGCUGCUUGUGAUGCCACUUACAAUGAAAUAGUCACAUUUGAACGACUUCGGCCUGUCAAUCAAAAUAAAACUGUCAAAAAAAAUACCUUCUUUAAAUGCACAGUGGAUGUUCCUGAGGAUUUGAGAGAGGCGUGUGCUAAUGAAAAUGCACAUAAAGAUUUUAAGAAAGCAGUAGGAGCAUGCAGAAUUUUUUACCAUCCAGAAACCACACAGCUAAUGAUACUGUCUGCCAGCGAAGCAACUGUGAAGAGAGUAAAUAUUUUAAGUGACAUGCAUUUGCGAAGUAUUCGUACGAAAUUGAUGCUUAUGUCCAGAAAUGAAGAGGCCACUAAGCAUUUAGAAUGCACAAAACAACUUGCAGCAGCUUUUCAUGAAGAAUUUGUUGUGAGAGAAGAUUUGAUGGGCCUGGCAAUAGGAACACAUGGUAGUAACAUACAGCAAGCUAGGAAGGUUCCUGGAGUUACAGCUAUUGAGCUAGAUGAAGAUACUGGAACAUUUAGAAUCUAUGGAGAGAGUGCUGAUGCUGUAAAAAAGGCUAGAGGUUUCUUGGAAUUUGUGGAGGAUUUUAUUCAGGUUCCUAGGAAUCUUGUUGGAAAAGUAAUUGGAAAAAAUGGCAAAGUCAUUCAGGAAAUAGUGGACAAAUCUGGUGUGGUUCGGGUGAGAAUUGAAGGAGACAAUGAAAAUAAAUUACCUAGAGAAGAUGGUAUGGUUCCGUUUGUAUUUGUUGGCACUAAAGAAAGCAUUGGAAAUGUGCAAGUUCUUUUAGAGUAUCAUAUUGCUUAUCUAAAGGAAGUAGAACAGCUAAGAAUGGAACGCCUACAGAUUGAUGAACAGCUACGACAGAUUGGUUCUAGGUCUUAUAGUGGAAGAGGCAGAGGUCGUCGGGGCCCUAAUUACACCUCCGGUUAUGGUACAAACUCUGAGCUGUCUAACCCCUCUGAAACAGAAUCUGAGCGUAAAGACGAGCUGAGCGAUUGGUCAUUGGCAGGAGAAGAUGAUCGGGAGAGCCGACAUCAGCGUGACAGCAGGAGACGCCCAGGAGGAAGAGGGAGAAGUGUUUCAGGGGGUCGAGGUCGUGGUGGACCGCGUGGUGGCAAAUCCUCCAUCAGUUCUGUGCUCAAAGAUCCAGACAGCAAUCCAUACAGCUUACUUGAUAAUACAGAAUCUGAUCAGACUGCAGACACUGAUGCCAGCGAAUCUCAUCACAGUACUAACCGUCGUAGGCGGUCUCGUAGACGAAGGACUGAUGAAGAUGCUGUUCUGAUGGAUGGGAUGACUGAAUCUGAUACAGCUUCAGUUAAUGAAAAUGGGCUAGAUGAUAGUGAAAAAAAACCCCAGCGACGCAAUCGUAGCCGCAGGCGUCGUUUCAGGGGUCAGGCAGAAGAUAGACAGCCAGUCACAGUUGCAGAUUAUAUUUCUAGAGCUGAGUCUCAGAGCAGACAAAGAAACCUCCCAAGGGAAACUUUGGCUAAAAACAAGAAAGAAAUGGCAAAAGAUGUGAUUGAAGAGCAUGGUCCUUCAGAAAAGGCAAUAAAUGGCCCAACUAGUGCUUCUGGCGAUGAAAUUUCUAAGCUACAGCGUACUCCAGGAGAAGAAAAGAUUAAUACCUUAAAAGAAGAAAACACUCAAGAAGCAGCAGUCCUGAAUGGUGUUUCAUAAACUGAAGAAGUUCCUAGUUUACAGUUCUUUUACAUUACAUUUUACAAUAGUGCUUGUACAAGCUUGCCAAAGAUAGAAUAUGGAUCGCCAGUCUUUACAUCGCACUUUCAGUUCCUCCAUUUGGAAUUCAGAAAGGGGAGGGAUCCUGAAGAAAUCAUAUGUUAAACAUACUUUGACACCUACUGUGUUAUAAAAUAUAUCAUCAGAUGUGCCUUGAGAAUAGUAUAUGUAACAUUAAAAAAAGUUGCUGGCUAUAGGAAAUGUUAUUUUGUUUUCAAAAUAUGGCAGAGAUGGGGGGAAGUGGGUGGGGUGGGAUCCCUAACGUAAUAUUCUUUAUGAAAGCAUUAGCUGCUUUUGUUACAUUUUUAAUAAUAUGCAACCACUUCUUCACCUGAGGAAAACUAGAAUGAAAUGCAGUCUAAAAUAUUUUGCACUGAAUUGUAAUUUCUCCAUUAGUUUAGUCUGGAAACUGGUCUGUUUUAAUGUGUUUUUUAAAUGCUGUAUGUAGAGGAAAAUCUGCAGACCACUGGAAUACAUUUGUUAAACUCUCAUCUGCAGGGACACUGGGUGAUAUUGGCAGUGACUGUUCUACAUUGAGGCUUUGUUUGGUUUAUUUAUUAAAGUGUACAGUAUUUAAAAAUCAAACAUAGCUUUAGUUAAAACACUAAGCUGAAUUAGUCAUGUCCAUUUCAGACAUAACCUGAACUACUGAAAAGAUCAAUUUCCAGGAGGUUUAUUCUGUAUAAAAAGUACAUGUUAGUCUUCAGUAGAGUAUCUUUCCUUUUUUCUUUUCCUUUUUUUUUUUUUUUUUGAUUUUGGUUGUUUGAUGUGCAAUAUGUUUUUGUAUGCAGGUAGUAAAUAAACUUUGAUCUUCCAUUUGCUGAUUAACUUUCUACU